CACUGAAUAUAUAUAUAUAUAAUAAACAAUAUAUUGGCGCUAUAAGAUUUAAAAGAAAUAAUCAAUUUGAAAAAAAAUUUUUAAAAAAUAUGGAGGUGUGUGAUGUUUUACGUAAUGUUAUUGAUAAUGAAAAAGAUUUAGAAGAAAAGCAAGUACCCGUAAAUGAAGUGAAAGACAAAUUAAAAAAACAAAUAAAGCAAUUGAAGUCUCUAAUUUUACAAAUUGAAUGUAGUUUGGAUAUAUUAAAAUUUAAAAAUACUAAAUGUGUUUUUCGUUCAAAUCUUGUUAAUAACUUAAAUACUGAUAAAAUUCCAAAUGUUAAUUUACAAUUGAAAUCCGAAUUAUAUAGAUAUUCUGGCUUUUAUUGUGUCAAGUUUUCAGAAGAUGAAUAUAUAUUUAAUUUUUCACCUUUAAAUAAGUAUGAUAGAAAAAAUAUUUUUGCUAUACAAAUAUUAAAUAAUCAAAAAAAAGGAACUUUAGGAAAAUGGGUAAUGCCAAUGAGUAUUGAUUUAAAUGAUUUAACAUCUGACUUUCCUAUCACUGAAUUAAGAAAAAUACCUCAUUUCUUAAAAAUUUGUAAACAACAUAUAGAUUCUUAUUUUAUACGACAGACACAAUAUACUGCAUUAAUGGAUAUUAUUUCUCAUACGAAAAAUAGUACUUUACAAUCUAAUUUAGGAUAUACGCAAAUUAGUUUAGAAUUGAUGGGUCUAUAUUAUAAAAAUACUGAUUCAUACAUAAAUAUAAUUAUAUAUCUCUUAUAUAAUAUCAGUGAAGCUAGACCACACAAAAUUGAAGUAAAUUCAACAACACAAGAUGAAUUAGACCAAAAUGUAAAAAAACAUCUACAAAAAUCUUUGGUAUGUUUUAAACAAUUUGAUUUGCAUAAAGCAUUUGAGAAUAUGUUGAAUUUAGAAGCAUUCAAAUGGACAAAAGAAAAUGCUGAAGAUAGUCCAUUGGAAAUUAAUAAUUUAAGUAAUUCAGAUGAAGAAGGAUUUUUAAGCACAUAUUCAAUUACACAAAAUAGAUCUUUGAUACAUCAUAAAAAAAGACGAAAAAAGAGAAAAAUAAAGGAAGAAAAUUUCAGUAACAUUUUAAAUUUACAUGAAAAUCCUAUUCAAAAUAAAGAGCAAAUGUCACAAAAUAUUAAACAAAAUAUAGAUGUCAUAAAAUUGACACCAAAAUUAAUUAACUUUAAAGAAAAAAGAUUAAAACAGACAAAAUUGAAAUUUCAUUUGAAUAAUUUAGAAAAUGAAUCUUCUGAUACAAUUGCAUUUAAACAUAUGCAAAUAAAUAAAAAAUUAAUUAAACCAUUAACUAGUACUCCAAUACAUCAAAAUAAACAUUCUUCUGAUUCCAUCACAUCAACCAGUAUUAGUGAUAUUACAAUAACUAAAAAUAAUUCAGAUAUUGAUAGAAAAUGAAAAAAAAUCAAUUUUAGAAUACACUUAGAAAAUUAUUGCAAAAUAAAAUAAAAGAAAAAGAAAAAACUGAAAUGUAUAAUAUAAAUAUUCAAUAAUUUUUUAAUUAAUUGUAAUAUAUUGUAUGUUUCAUAUAACAUUUAUACAUGUAUAUAUAUUGUUUCAAAAUAAAUCUUGUCUUUAAUUUAAUUUGUUUUAUUGUAUUAAAUAACAAUUGGUGCUUGAACAGAUCAGCAAGUGCAAAUAAUAAAGUAGAAAUACUGUCUUAAGCACGUCAAUUCAACAUCGAAUGUCGUUCACUUGUCAUUAUUUAACUUACAUGAAAAUUUUUCAACAUUAUACCCAACAGUAGGUACUAUGUCUAUGCAACGGUCAUCCUCGCGUUUGAAAUUAUUUAUGACCGUCGACUUACCACUAUUAUUAAGGCCCACUACUAAAACGUUUACUUCUUUUUUCUUAAGACCUAAAAGAUUUGCUAAACGAUCAAAUAGUCCCAUUUUCUGUACUCUCUUCAAAGUUACGUGUUUAUCGAAUAUCAAUAAUCUACGCUAUAAUAUUGACUACUAUGAAGAUAAUA